AUGGAUGGCGCGCUUGAAUUGCUCAUUCGUAUUGAUCAAGCGUCCGCGUUUCCUCGAGACUUACAUUAUUUGCGAGAAGGAACUACUUUACCAAAUUCAAGCCCACUGCUCCCAUUUAACCCAUACUUGGAUGACCAUGGCAUCAUAAGGGUAGGUGGACGCAUUACUAACUCCGCGUUGCUAGAAGAACAUCGCCACCCAACUAUACUUCCGAAGGUCAGCGAUUUAGUUAGGCUGCUCAUACACCAAGUUCACAUCGACACACUUCACGGUGGUACACAAUUAAUGCUACAGACUCUGCGGUACCGAUUUUGGAUUAUCAAUGGCAUGCAAGCGGUACGCAGCGUCAUCCAUAAGUGCGUGAUUUGCAGAAGACACCGUGGAGCUACUAUUACGCAACAGAUGGCCUCAUUACCACGACAACGAGUCAACGUAGCACGACCAUUCCUGGCGUCAGGCGUGGACUACUGUGGGCCUUUCACGAUACGCAUUGGCACCAAACGAAGUCGGACUACCGUGAAGACCUAUCUGGCAAUUUUCGUCUGCAUGGCAACCAAAGCUGUGCAUAUCGAGUUGGUGGAUGACUUGUCAUCCAUGGCCUUUAUUGAUGCUUUCACGCGUUUUGUUAGCAGACGCGGCCAGUGCCGAGACCUAUACAGCGAUAAUGCCACGACGUUCGUCGGUGCUAAUCGGCUAAUGCAGGAAGAUUUAGCCACCUGGCACAGCAGCCAGAAUCAACAAUACCUUGCUAAUCUUGGGACUCAUUGGCACUUUAUUACGCCUAGCGCUCCCCAUCAAGGUGGACUGUGGGAGGCGGCGGUGAAGUCAGCGAAGCGACAUUUGGUACGUGUCGUACGUAACCAGGGAAUGUGGUAUUCCCAGCUGCAUACACUGGCGGCCCGCAUUGAAGCAUGUCUGAAUUCACGCCCGCUUAUUCCGCUGAGUGAUGACCCUGAGGACAAAUACGCAUUAACGCCUGAAGACUUUCUCAUUGGCGCUCCAUUCAUCGCAGUCCCUGAACCUGAGGUAGCGGAAAUUCCAGUUAAUCGUCUAAAGCAUUGGCAGUGGUUACGCCGCCUCCAUCAACAAUUCUGGCACCGGUGGAGCGAAGAGUAUCUGUCAACUCUACAAUCGCGGAGUAAAUGGCGGCGACGUGUCGAGAACAUCCAGGUUGGUGACAUCGUAUUGGUUAGACACGAGAACCUACCUCCAACACACUGGCGACUUGGUCGCAUCACAGAAGUUCACCUAGGCAGUGAUGGACUGGCGCGCAACGCGACCCUAAUGACCGCAUACGGAUUGUGCACCCGGGCAGUGCAGAAACUAUGCUUGCUUUUCCAACCUGUUGAUAUCGAAGCAGAUGCUCCGACCGGGCAGUAUGUCUAA